UUCUCGUUUGUCUGCAAACGACCAUGCGGUUCUCAGCUUUUGUUCUUCCGUCUCAAGCGUUUCCUUUAUCCACAGCCAAUAAUAUUUGCUUCGCCCAAUAGCAUAGCAAAGCAGAGCCGCAAUUCCGGGACACCAGCAGCUGAAGCCGAUCAAGACUGUCUAAUAGCACCGGAGACAGAUCCCUCUGCUCGUAUCGGAGCUGAUAAAAGUGUUUUCGAGGAGCCUGCUGCUUUUCCCUUCAUUUCUUCAUCUUCCACUUGCCCUGAAUCAACAAAAGCUGAAGCGGAGCUCCAGUUGACUGUUGGUCCUGUUUACUAUGUGCACACACAACUCAUGCUUUCCCAACUGACCGCAAGUUUGGAGGCUUGUCUUGAAUUAAUCGGAUCAUCACACCAGGAUCUUUCUCGUGGAACUCUCAAUCCAUUGACGAAUUAUCCGUUAAGGCGAUUUUCUGAUGUAAGAGCACUUUAA